AUGAUCGUCCUCACUGGGCACGGGACGGAAGGUGGACAGGAGCUUCUAACACCCGCCAAGCGCUCCCAGGAGGCAGGUGAGCUCAAAACACAUUGGUCGACCUCAAGGGGUUCAGGUAACCUCGAUGAAGUCAACCUCGAUGAAGUCAACCUCGAUGAAGUCAACCUCGAUGAAGUCAACCUCAAUGAAGUCAACCUCAAUGUUAAUCUCUUGACCUCGACCGUGGCACCUGGGCAGCGUGGCACCAAGCAGUGUGGCACCUGGGCAGCGGGAACCUGGGCAGGGCACCUGGGCAGUGUGGCGCCUGGGCAGUGUGGCACCUGGGCAGCGUGGCACCUGGGCAGUGUGGCACCUGGGCAAUGUGGCACCUGGGCAGUGUGGCACCUGGGCAGCGUGGCACCUGGGCAGCGUGGCACCUGCGCAGUGUGGCACCUGGGCAGCGUGGCACCUGGGCAGUGUGGCACCUGGGCAGUGUGGCACCUGGGCAGCGUGGCACCUGGGCAGCGUGGAACCUGGGCAGUGUGGCACCUGGGCAGUGUGGCACCUGGGCAGUGUGGCACCUGGGCAGUGUGGCACCUGGGCAGCGUGGCACCUGGGCAGUGUGGCACCUGGGCAUGA